AUCCUCCAUGACUGUGGGUCCCAUCAGAUAUCGUUUUGGACAACUCCUGGGAUCAUCUCCCGGGUUCUAAGGGUUCACGUGACCUCUGGGCAAAGGAUAGGAAGGUGGAAGAGAACGUCUGUAGAGUUGUCGACAAGCCGGUGAUGAGUAGUAAUGUCGCGAAAAGUCCAACAGUUAACCUGACGAACCAACUGGCAAACAAUAGACGCAUCGAUCGAUUCUAUGCGCCCAAAUCAUGGCGAAGGAAUGCAUGGAAAUAUCAAAUAACAAAACCAGAAGGCAUAAUAUCCACCCAUCAUAUGAUCUCCAUCCAAUAUGUUAUCAGACGAGAGACAGAUAUCCAGACAGGUCAACCACGAUUUCAAUACCCGUUGCGAAGACUAGAACCACCAUUUGACGAAGUUAAAACAAGAAAAAUUAGACGGAACUUCAGUAUCGAAGAAGCCCUUCUCUCAAUUAAGAACGAUGGAGUCGAAUAUAUUAAUGUUAUGGGUGCGAUUCGUAAGCAUAACCCUUCGUUCGCUGACGCCAUUCUCCAUGAUCACUCCCAGAUGCUGAAGAAGAACCUUGCGAAAGCAGCCACCAAAACAUUUUUUCGAAGAGCUAAACCAGAAAAACAUAUUUUUGUGAAACUCGUUGAUGGUGCACAGAGACUAUCCGCUUCUACAACAUCCUCGAUGCUAGCCCUAGCUAAAGGUUUUUAUCAAGAGCUUUAUAAACUACCUGAUCAGAUGGACGAAGGAGAAGUAGAUGAUUUCAUCCGACCUUUGAGCAAAUCCAUAACUACAAUAGAAAAGGCGGAAUUAGAAAGUCCAUUCACUGCAGACGAAUUACACAGAGCCCUUUAA